GGCGCUGUGGUUGGACGGAAGAGACGCGGUUUUGUGCCGCCGGCUGGCCGGCCGCUGCGCAUGCUCCUUCGCGCCCUGCCCUCCCCGGUCCCGCCUCCGCGGCUCCCGCCUGUGAGCUGUUGGGAUUUGAAUUUGCCGCGGGUUGCGGCCGGAAAUAUCGAUCCCUCAGGCAGGCAUGGAGAUCCUCUGCUCCGGCGCGCGGUGCCCGGUGCAAGAGCAGCGUGCCCGCUGGGAGCGGAAACGCGCCUGCACUGCCCGGGAGCUACUAGAGACCGAACGGCGCUACCAAGAACAGCUGGGGCUGGUGGCCACGUACUUUUUGCGGAUCCUGAAAGCCAAGGGGACCCUGCGACCAUCUGAGCGCCAGGCCCUGUUUGGAUCCUGGGAGCUCAUCUACGGCGCCAGCCAAGAGCUGCUUCCCUACCUGGAAGAAGGACACUGGGGCCAAGGGCUGGAGGGCUUCUGCCGCCACCUGGAGCUCUAUAACCAAUUUGCUGCCAACUCAGAGAGGUCCCAGACUACCCUGCAGGAGCAGCUAAAGAAAAAUAAAGGUUUCCGGAGGUUUGUGCGCCUUCAGGAAGGCCGCCCUGAGUUUGGGGGCCUUCAGCUGCAAGACCUGCUCCCUCUGCCUCUUCAGCGGCUCCAGCAGUAUGAGAAUCUCGUCAUUGCUUUGGCUGAAAACACAGGUCCCAACAGCCCUGAGCAUCAACAGCUCACACGGGCUGCCCGGCUAAUAAGUGAGACUGCCCAGAGAGUCCACGCUAUUGGUCAGAAACAGAAGAAUGACCAGCACCUUCGGCGCGUCCAGGCUCUGCUCAGUGGACGCCAGGCAAAGGGGUUGACCUCAGGGCGCUGGUUCCUCCGCCAGGGCUGGCUGUUGGUGGUGCCUCUCCAUGGGGAGCCUCGGCCCCGCAUGUUCUUCCUCUUCACUGAUGUGCUCCUCAUGGCCAAGCCUCGACCUCCACUGCACCUGCUGCAGAGUGGCACCUUUGCCUGCAAGGCCCUCUACCCCAUGGCCCAGUGUCAACUCCGCAGGGUCUUUGGCCACUCAGGAGGCCCUUGCGGUGGGUUGCUCAGUCUGUCCUUCCCUCAUGAGAAGCUACUGCUUAUGUCCACAGACCAGGAAGAGUUGGCACACUGGUACCACAGUCUGACUUGGGCUAUCAAUGGCCGGAAAAACUAGAGGAAUCUUAGAGAUUCCAGAACUCAGGAUACCUCAGGGACAGGUCACAGCCAGGAGUACAAAGGAAUCUUCUUCAGUACUGGACAAAACAGAGCCCUUCACUAUUUGACAAAGGUUACUUUGUGUUUGCCUGGACCAAGCUAUUCCAGGUCAUUUGACCCAACUCUUAGAAUCACAGCCAGCUGCAAUGGCUCAUGCCUGUAAUUCCAGCACUUUGGGAAGCUGAGGUGGGAGGAUCACUUGAGCCCAGGAGUACACGACUAGCCUGGGCAACACAGUGAGUGAGACCCUGCCUCCAUUUAAGAAAAAAAUCAUUAAGAAGAAAUUUUGUAAAGAAAGAAGAAUCAGGAAACCAAGUCUGACCCAACUGAACCUCGGCUGAACCAGCCCCUAACACAGAGAGGGGAUCUGGGACUGGUAAGCUCUGUGCUGUGUCCAUGGUCAUUUAUCAAGGUUGCUGCUUUGUAAAUGUGGCUAUUUUUAUGUUGUGUAUAGUUUCUAUCAUUUUUCCAUUGGAUUUGAGUAAAGUUUUUUUUUUUUUGGAAAGAC